CCCUCCGCCCCCUUGUUUUAGAGGGCGCCCGCUCCCUCCGUCCCUCCCUCCCUCCGUGUCCUUCACUCCUUCCCUUCCUAUCAGCUUCGAGGCUGCCGAGCCCACAGCGAAUAAGAGCGGAGCAGAGGCGGAGCUUGUUUUCGGGCGGGAAAAUGGCGGCCGUUGCUGCCACUGUGCUUUAUGAGCGGUUGAAGGAACUGGGCUGCCCUGCACUAGAUGGUGUCUACCUGUCAGAGGGUAAAGACAUACAGAAGUUGCUUUGUACCCCCUCUCCUCAUCGCCUGGACAUAGUGGAAUGGAUUUGCAUCAGUGUGUAUCCAGCCCUCCGAGAGCAGUUCUCAUCUCUCAAGGAAUCUCAGUCAGAUUUAAAGAUAGAAGGAAUGGCGAAGCUGGGAUAUGACUUGAUGCUGUGUCAAGCUGAUGACCUGGAUCUCAUCAAGGGAAAGGUCUGUGCCCAGAAGCAGCUUCACUUCCUGGAACAGCUACUUGUUGUGAUUCCUCCUCAGGGGAACUUCACAGUAUCCAACUCUAUAUCGGACUCCAGCACGUUUUCCAGCACAGAGGAAUCUUUCCAAGAGAUAGCCAAGAAGAAUGAAGAGUUCGUCAAGCAGGUUUUCUCCAGCUCUAAUCUGCAGGCUGUUUUGAACCCAGAGUCCCAUCCCUGGAGCUCAGACAUCAAGGCCCUCCUGUUGAAUGAAGAAGUACAGCAGAAAAGGUCCCUUCUGUCAGUGACUUCCCACGAGGAAACCCUGCUAGAGGCACUGAAGGAGCUGGAAGAGAUGGUGGCAGCCCUGCAAGAACUAAGAACAGAGUGUCCCUUCCUACAGGGGGACCUGGCUAAUGCAGAUGCAUCCUGUGACAAUGCCACAGCUCUGCAGACCCUCAAGCUGAUUGCUUCUGAUUUCAACCAGCUGCUUGUGGCCUUCAACCAGGUGUAUGAGAGUGAGUUGCAGAAGCAUUGCGAGCACCCGGCGCCUGUGCUGAGCUGUUGUGACCCCCUUUUCCAAGCAGUCCACCUUAGCCUGCUGCUAUGUGUGCAGGAGCUGCAAGGUCUGACCCAGGUUACAAAAACUUCAGAGUGCAUUGUGAAGACAGUGAAACGGCAGCAUGGGGAGAAGGGGGUUUGGAGUGGCAGUACCAGAGCCACACUACCUUCCAAACUUAAAGAGUUGCAACAAAAAUAUGAGGCCAUCCAUGCUGCGCUCAAGGACUGCCAACAAUCCUGAGCUCUAGUGGACUGCACAUUGUAGGUUAUUUUGGGAAGAAGGAAAAGACUCCCAUCUUUCACAUGGAAGGCACUGCAUGCAGAUGGGGGAGCGUGGAAAACAUUGCCUGUUGUAUUCUAAAGUGUAAAUAUAUUUUUCUGUUAUUUUUUUCUGACAGGUUAAAAUUAAAGAGCAUUCUGUUUGUA